AUGGAUACGAGAAAGGGGAGUGUGGGGGAAGGAGGGAGGACUCAAUCGAAGAGCGAAAUGAAAAACACAGUGACAAUAUCAACUUGCCGAGUCAAGGGCAGCCAGUGCAUAGCGGUGAAGAUCGCAGUAGCCCAGCAAGAUGGCGGCUAUCAUGACCUCAAUUCCUCUCUUGCGGCCGGGAAUGGACUCGUGAAGCGCAGUUAUACUUCUGCACAUCAAUAUUCUUCACUCCAGGUGAAAAAUGGUGUGGCUGUGAUCAAGAUGGAUGAUCCCACAUCAAAGGUGAAUUCAAUGAAUCGAGAGAUAUUGCAAGAGAUGAGUGGUCAUCUAAAGACUGUCUUCAACUCUGGAGAGAUAAGAGCUGCUGUGUUGAUAUCUGGAAAGCCUGGAUGUUUUAUUGCAGGGGCUGACAUCAAGAUGCUGGAGGACUGCAAAACUGCAGAGGAGGCUAGCAAAAUAGUAGAGGAUUUCCAAGAGAUCAUCAGGAGGGUGGAGAGCAGUAAGAAGCCAGUGGUUGCAGCUAUCAUGGGACCUUGCUUGGGAGGAGGCCUGGAGGGUGCCAUUGCCUGCCACUACAGGAUUGCUGUCAAGGAUAAAAAGACAAGUUUUGGGUUGCCUGAGGUCAUGAUAGGGCUCUUUCCUGCAGCGGGUGGUACUCAGAGAUUGCCUCGUCUUAUAGCUCUUCCGACUGCCCUUGAUAUGAUUCUUACUGGGAGAACAAUUAAAGCAGAUAAAGCUAAGAGGAUUGGCCUUGUUGAUAGUCUUUUGAUGCCCUUGGGACCUGGUACUAAACCUGCUGAGCAGCGAACUCUGGAACUUUUGGAGGAUGUGGCAAUCCAAACAGCCCUGUCCCUGGCCUCUGGUGAAUUGAAGGUGAAUAGGAAACGUCCCUUAGUUGAACGCUUCACUCAGGCCAUUAUGUCCUAUGGAAUUGUGCGAAACAAGAUCUUUGAGAAAGCAAAGGAAACUGUCAUGAAAUUGACUGGAGGACUGUAUCCUGCCCCUCUUAAGGCUCUGGAAGUAAUAAAAAUUGGACUGGAAAAAGGCAUUGCUGAAGGCUUUGAUGCUGAACGGAGGGAGUUUGGCAAGUUGACCAUGACACGCGAAGCAAGAGGUCUUAUGUCCCUCUUCCAUGGCCAGACCGAAUGCAAGAAGAAUCGUUUUGGUAAACCCGAAAGAGAACCUAAGACAAUUGCUGUUCUUGGUGCAGGAUUGAUGGGUGCUGGUAUUGCUCAAGUUUCCAUUGACAAAGGUUAUAAGGUUAUCCUGAAGGACAUGAACUUGAAGGGGCUGGCCAGAGGACAACACCAAAUUCAGAAGGGACUGGACACGGGAGUUAAGAAGAAGAAGUUUUCUGUCUUUGAACGUGAUUCAUACAUGUCCAACUUGGAAGCAACCAUAGAUUACAAAAAUUUCAACAAAGUUGACAUGGUGAUUGAGGCUGUGUUUGAAGAUAUCAAUUUAAAGCACAAAAUCAUUAAAGAAGUUGAGGCACAUCUUCCUCCACAUGUAGUCUUUGCCUCCAACACAUCUGCUCUCCCAAUUGCAAAAAUUGCAGAGGCUUCCAAGCGACCAGAGAAGGUGAUCGGCAUGCAUUACUUCUCACCAGUUGACAAGAUGCAGCUGUUGGAGAUCAUUACAACAGAUAAGACCUCAAAGGACACAACUGCAGCAGCUGUCAAUGUGGGUCUCAAGCAAGGGAAAGUAGUCAUCAUUGUCCGAGAUGGACCAGGUUUCUACACAACACGAAUCCUUGCUCCCAUGCUAUCAGAAGUAGUCAGACUGCUACAGGAAGGUAUAGAACCACAGAAAUUGGACAAGUUAAGCAAAUCUUAUGGUUGGCCAGUGGGUGCUGUCACAUUGGCUGAUGAAGUUGGUGUGGAUGUUGCUUGCCAUGUGGCCACAGACUUAGAUAAGGUAUUUGGAGCACGAUUCAGUGGUGGAGACAAGAGGCUUCUUGAGGAUAUGGUCAAGUCUGGCUUCCUUGGUCGCAAAGCAGGGAAAGGGAUCUAUGUCUAUGCCGAAGGAAAGAAAGGCUCACGCGACUUGAAUCCAGGUGCUGUGGAUCUUCUGAAGAAAUAUUCCAUCAGUCCCAAGGGCUCCCUUGAUGAUUCAGAUGUACAGCUUAGGAUUGUCACCAGGUUCAUCAAUGAAGCUGUACUUUGUCUACAGGAAGGCAUUCUCAAUGGCCCUCUGGAAGGUGAUGUUGGAGCUGUGUUUGGCCUGGGCUUCCCACCCUUCACUGGUGGCCCAUUCCGGUUUGUGGAUACAUAUGGCGCCAAUAAACUGGUGGCCAAAAUGAAAGAGUUCGAGGCUGCUUAUGGCUCUCCAUUUACACCUUGCGCUCUUCUGUUGGAGCAUGCUAGUGAUUCUUCCAAAAAGUUUUAUUCAAAAUAAUUGAUUCAUGGAAAGUCAGUCAAUUCUAAUGGGGCCUGACUGCCUUGUGCCUUUUCCUCAGCCCCACAUGCCUCAUUUCUCAUUUGGCCUCCUGACUUUGACAUGUACAUUCCAUGAAUUAUAUUGUGCAUGGAAUGCUCCAACCUCUUAUUCUUUUUGUUACCUUUAUCAAAAAGGGCUGGAUAUGAUUUUUUCAAAGAUCCCAAUGUGUUCAUGAUAUUGGUACCCCAUGGGGCACCUUUAAAGUGGUUGAGCUUAUUCCAGCGAAUAUGAUUGUUUGGUUUGCAAUAAAUUGAAUAUAUUGGUGAAAA